AAAAUAAAAAAUCUAAGGGAAUAACAUUAUUGUUUUUAACUUUUUUUACAUAUAUUUUUUUUAAUAAUUUUUUAGGCUUAUUUCCUUUUAUUUUUACUUCAACAAGACAUUUAGGUUUAUCUUUAUCUUUAGCUUUACCUUUAUGAUUAGGUUUAAUAUUAUAUGGAUGAAUUAAAAAUACAAAUCAUAUAUUUGCUCAUUUAAUUCCACAAAAUACUCCAUUUUUAUUAAUACCAUUUAUAGUACUAAUUGAAACAACAAGAAAUGUAAUUCGAAGAAUAACUUUAUCAGUUCGAUUAACUGCCAAUAUAAUUGCAGGACAUUUACUUAUAGCUUUAUUAAGAAGAAACGGAACAAUAUUAAGAAUAACAGGAGUAAGACUUUUAAUUUUUACACAAUUUUUUCUAUUAAUUUUAGAAUCUGCUGUGGCAAUUAUUCAAUCUUAUGUUUUUACUGUUUUAAGAACAUUAUAUUCUAGAGAAGUAAAUUAAUGUUAAAUAAAAAUCACCCAUUUCAUAUAGUUGAUGUAAGACCAUGACCUAUUCUUGGAGCAUUUAGAGUUAUAAUUUUAUUAACAGGAUCAAUUAAAUGAUUUCACUUAAACUCUUUAAAUUUAUUAUUAAUUGGUUUAAUUUCAGUAAUAAUAAUUAUAAUUCAAUGAUGACGAGAUGUAAUUCGAGAAAGAACAUUUCAAGGUUUACAUACAAAAAAAGUAGAAAAAAAUAUACGAUUAGGAAUAAUUCUAUUUAUUACAUCAGAAAUUUUUUUUUUCAUUUCUUUUUUUUGAGCAUUCUUUCAUGCUGCUCUUUCUCCUUCUAUUGAAAUUGGAAGAAAUUGACCCCCUAAAGGUAUUACACCCUUUAAUCCUAUAAGUAUCCCAUUACUUAAUACUCUUAUUCUUAUUUCAUCAGGAGUAACAGUAACUGUUACUCAUCAUAGAUUAAUAAAUAAUAAUAAAAAAGAAGCUCUAAAAAGAAUUAUUUUUACAGUAAUUUUAGGGAUUUUAUUCUCUUUACUUCAAGCUUAUGAAUAUAAAAUAGCACCAUUUUCAAUUGCUGAUUCAAUUUAUGGAUCAACUUUUUUUAUAGCAACUGGAUUUCAUGGUAUUCAUGUUCUAAUUGGAACAACUUUUUUAUUAAUUAAUUUUUUUCGAAUUAAAAAUAAUCAUUUUUCAAAAAAUCAUCAUUUUGGAUUUGAAGCUGCAGCAUGAUACUGACAUUUUGUUGAUGUUGUUUGAUUAUUCCUUUAUUUAUCAAUUUAUUGAUGAAGAAAUAAAUAAAUAAAUUCAAA